AUGUAUGACCACGUCAAGAAGCACUCGACGGACAGGAUGCAGGCCAUCGCCUCAAAGCCGACCGCCGAGAUAAAGCAGCUCAUUGACAAUUGUAUGCGCGGGAUGCCGGUCUCCGACCUCACGCUGGACACUGUGCAGGCCGCGAUCAUCCAGUGCGCCUUCGAGGACGCCGAGUCCAUGGGAGAUCAAGCGGUCCUGAUGCGCGUGGCGCUCGAGAACAUGCCAAAUGGAGAUGGCGAGGCACUCGGCGAGGAGUGCGUUGACCAGUACCGCGGCGAUCUCGAGAAGGUAUUGGGCGAUGAGCCAGCGGAUGAGGCGAACCUGGGCAAGACGAAGCACUACGCGACUACGCCCAAGGCCGAGCAAGAAGUAUUGAGGGUUAUGCAUGCCAACCACAUUCAGGUCAAGCUCGCACGCAACUUCAUCUUGGUCGGUGGCGAGGUGGUUUCAAUUGGCAGUUGCCCUGCCAGGCAGAGGCAUCUGAUCUACGUCUGCGGCGACCUGGGCAUAGCUUGUACGAUGGCCACGGGCAGGGACAAGCGCGACGAGCGCUACACCCAGGCCCAGGCGCUGUUGGAGGCAGACUUGGAGGAGCUAAACUGCGACCUGCCCGACGAGGACGAGGAGAACGACCCCUGGGCCCACUUGGACACGAAUCAAGAUGCUCCGCUGGGGAUCAGGCAAGUCCCUGGAUUCCUGUGCAGGCCGACCUUUGUCAACCACGACUUGGCGAUGAAGACGUUGUACGCAGUGGCGUUGGCGAGUACUGGCAAGCAAACGGGCAUGCAGCUGCGGUGCGUGGACCUCACAGACGACAGCGGUAGCGACGUCGCCGAGGUCGUCGUUAUCGCCGCGGACAGCAAGGAGGAGCAGCUGGCCGAGGCCCGCGCACCCCACAAGGGGCCGCCGCUGCGCUUCGGCGGCUACCGCCGCGGCCGCGAGCUGGGGCAUGGGGCGGGCGGGCAGGUGUUCGUGUGCCGCGGGGAGGGUCGCGCUGGCGGGCUCGCCGUCAAGGCCAUCGACGUGCGCCGUCUCAAGCUGAGCCCCAACGCCGAGCGAGAGGAGAAGAAGCUGCGUCGGGAGGUGGAGAUCCUGAAGGACCUGCCUCCGCACCCCAACAUCGUGCAGCUGGUGGACGCUCGGCAGGAGGGGGACUGGCUGCUGUUGGUGCUGGAGAUGGUCGGCGGGGGUGAUCUGCUGACGGCCCUGACGGGCCGCCUGAACCCGCGCUUCUCGGAGACCGAGGCUGCGUUCGUGCUGCGCCAGCUGGCGAGCGGGCUCUCCUUCCUGCACUCCCGCGGCGUCAUACACCGCGACCUCAAGCUGGAGAACGUCCUUGUCGCCAGCAGUGCACGGCAGCACGCCAACACCCUGUACAGCGUGAAGAUCACCGACUUUGGGCUCUCAAAGGCCGUCGGCGCCGGCCGAAGCGAGGCCCGGUCGAUGGUGGGGACCCACCCGUACAUCGCGCCGGAGGUGCUGCAGAAGGCCCCCCACGACUUCAGCGCCGACCUGUGGGGCCUGGGCGUGCUGCUCUUCGUGCUGCUGGCGGGGCACUUCCCCUUCGGCCAGGUGGCCUCGUCCCAGCAGGAGCUCGACGACAUCGUCGCGGGCGUCGACCUGAGCGAG